CCGACACCGAGUCUCAGAACUACAUUUCCCACAAGCCUGUGGCUCCCGUGAGGCUGCGCGCGCCAGCCAGGCCCAAGCUAUCGCUUCCUUUCUUGCGGAAGGCCACGCGGCUGGCGACCGGAAGGAAGGAGUUCCUACAUGAUUUAUUCCUGUGGCUGUCAUCAUGGCUGAAACUGAAACAGACAGAAACCAGAUUGAGGAACUCCAAAAAAGAGUACAAGAACUGGAGGAAGAGGUAGAAAAACUUAAGAAAGGAAACAACAGUAACAAAGAUUCAAACACCAGAGAAAAUUCUUUAGGAUCUGGAAAAGCUAAGCGUGCAUUUGAUUUCAGCGCUCAUGGCCGAAGACAUGUAGCACUAAAAAUAGCCUAUCUUGGCUGGGGAUACCAGGGUUUUGCGAGUCAGGAAAACACAAACAAUACCAUUGAAGAGAAACUGUUUGAGGCUUUAACCAAGACUCGAUUAGUAGAAAACAGACAGACAUCCAACUAUCACCGGUGUGGCCGAACUGACAAAGGAGUCAGUGCCUUUGGACAGGUGAUUUCUCUGGACCUACGUUCCCAGUUUCCAAAGGGCAAAGAUUCAGGGGCUCUUAGUGUACAAGGUGAAGCCAGUGAUACUGCUGAAGAGAUCCGUUACACCCACAUUCUCAAUCGGGUGCUUCCUCCAGACAUCCGUGUAUUGGCCUGGGCCCCUGUAGAACCUAGCUUCAGUGCUAGGUUCAGCUGCCUUGAGCGGACUUACCACUAUUUUUUCCCUCGUGCUGAUUUAGAUGUUGUCACCAUGAAUUAUGCAGCUCAGAAAUACAUCGGCACUCAUGAUUUCCGGAACUUAUGUAAAAUGGAUGUGGCUAAUGGAGUUACUAAUUUUCAGAGGACUAUUCUGUCUGCUCAAGUACAGCUAGUGAGACAAAGCCUGGGUGAGGAGGGAGGACAAGAACCUUUCCAGUUAUGUCAGUUUCAAGUAACUGGCCUGGCAUUCCUGUAUCAUCAAGUCCGCUGUAUGAUGGCUGUCCUCUUUCUGAUUGGCCAAGGAAUGGAAAAGCCAGAGAUUAUUGAUGAAUUGCUGAACAUAGAGAAAAAUCCUCAGAAACCUCAGUAUAGUAUGGCUGUAGAAUUUCCUCUAGUGUUGUAUGACUGCAAAUUUGAAAAUAUCAAAUGGAUCUAUGACCAGGAAGUUCAAGAGUUCAAUGUUACCCACUUACAACAACUUUGGGCUAAUCAUGCUGUUAAAACUCACAUGUUGUACAGCAUGCUACAAGGACUAGACUCUGUUGUGAUAUCCUGUGGGCCAGGUUCAAAAAUGGAUGGAGCCACAGAAUGGAGAAACAUUAAGCCCCCUGUUAUAAAGCAGACCAGUGCUUUUGUAGAAGGAGUGAAAAUGCGUACAUAUAAGCCCCUUAUGGAUCGCCCUAAAUGUCAAGGACUGGAAUCCCGGAUCCAGCAUUUUGUACGCAGAGGACGCAUCGAGCACCCACUUAAGGAAGAAACAAAAGCCAAAAGGGAUUGUAAUGACACACUAGAAGCAAAUGCAGUUUUGGAAAAACCAACAAAGAGGGUUUGUGUAGAUGCACAAAUUAAAAGCAUUAUGUAAUCCCAGGAAGCUAUAAUCUAAUAUUAGAUCAGGGAAGCAACUAUAAGCUGGUGUUACUGAAAUGAAAUAAUAAAGUCUUACUCUAAGAGGUCCUAGAAUCUUGAUUAUCAGCUCUUUAUAAAAGCACUAAUGCCUGAAUGAUAAGCUCUUAAACAACAAGGGGUGUUAAAUAUUCUCUCAUCCAUGUCCAAAGGAUUAAGAAACCCUAAUAAUUAUAAGCCACAUGUGGUGGCACACACCUUUGCCUUUAAUCCCAGGAUCACAGUGAGACUACAUAGUGAAUUCCAGGUUAGCCUGGGCUACUGCAAGACCUUACCUCGAAGAAAACAAAACAAAAACAAACAAACAAUGAAACUGUGUAUUAUGUAUACCGGGAAAUUUGUGCCUUGUGUUUAAAAUUUAUUAAAGCCAGAUCUCACAAGUA